UUGUAGCUUUUUCCGAAGGUGACGAAAGGGCCAAUAACUUUAACUAUUUUUGUUGUUUUGAAGCUUUCAAAAAAAGUAAUUAGAAAGUGAUCUUAAGAAGUUAUUUUACUGUGUAAUUUGAAAAAAAAAAAAAACAACCAGAACGUCAUUAGCUAGCUAGGCCUGCUGCCAAGUUAUUCGCUAGCACACGUGCUCGAGGGCCAAGUUUCUUUCUCAGUUUGAAGUUGUCCGGUCAUCUAAAGAAACACCAGCCAAAGAUGUCAACCACAAUUCGAUUUGGAACCACUAGUGGUCCUUGCAACAUCUCCUCUUCAGAGAGAACACAAUGUGUAGAGGACAUGGAUGAAAAGGCAAACUGUGACCCAGAAAGACUCCUCCAGUGCCCCUUUGACAAGAACCACCAGAUCCGAGCGUGCCGCUUCCCGUACCAUCUGAUAAAGUGCAGGAAGAACCACCCGAAGCUGGCCAGUGAGCUGAAAACCUGCCCUUUCAACGCUCGUCACCUGGUGCCUCAGCAUGAGCUUGCGUACCACACAGAAACUUGCGUGGACCGGAUAUCUGUGCACACAGAAGAAGAUGGAGGCACAAAUGGACACUGUCAGUGGCAGGUCCCAGUCAGCACUUGGGUGAACCCAACCAUGACUGAGGAUUGGGACCAAGAGGCGGAUGAUCAUGCUGCUCCAUUUGUGUGGGGUACAAAUGGAGCCCUGGAUCUGAAUAUGGAGACCAGGCCCACCAACAACCUUGGCCAGAUUUAUAGAACGCCUAAUACGUUCCCAUGGUAGCCACGUCUGUGGUUAGCUUCAUCUAUAUCCAAGUUCAUUUCUGUUUGUUUUUAGCAUUAACACUGUGUAAAAGUUUUACAUUUGACAGCAGUUUUCACUGGUUUACAAUAUUUUUUUUUUCACGCUGAUUUCCAUUCUGUUGGAAAAAAGGAUUACCAAAUGUUGACUGCUGUAGUUGUUCUAUUAAAGUGUGUUUGUUUCAAAUAAACUUGAAAUAUGUGCAUAAAAGG